CGCUGUGGGGGAGGGAAAAGCCGAAAUCUGAUCUUCCGCCGGACCCUGGGCUCAGUUAAUAUUUAAUCAGAUAGGAUCGUCCGAUGGGGCUCGGGUGGCGUGAUCUUCCCGAGCACCGUGCGUCGCGCACCCACACCUUAGAAGAUUUCCGCUCGGCGUCGAGGCGCGUGUAGCGCAGGCGGGGGCGCGCCGCUCAGCUCCAGGCCCGAGCCAGGAAAAGGGAGCCAGGCAGUGAGACCGCCCGCGGCCGGGUCGUGUCGCUGCAGCGCGCAGCCCCCCGCUCGGAGCUCCGGGCGCCCCCUCGCCUGUGUCCCUAGCCAGGGCCCCAGCUCCAGCAUCGUCCUCCCCUGCAAGGCUCUAGGCGCAACCGGUGCGGAUCGUGCCGCCCGGGUAUUCCCUCCAGGACGCAAACAUCUCCUCCAGCCCUGAUGGGCACGGGCAGCUGCGGGCGGCUGCGGUGGCCGCUGCUGCUGCUGCUGUUGCUGCUCCUGGGCCCCAUGGGCGCCCGCGCGCAGGAAGAUGAGGAUCGCGACUACGAAGAGCUGGUGCUCGCCUUCUUGUCCAAGGAUGACGGCCCGGCAGACCUGGCUGAGCAAGUAGCCACUGCCACCUUCCACCGCUGCGCCAAGGAUGCUUGGAGGCUGCCGGGCACCUACAUGGUGGUGCUGAAGGAGGAGACCCACCGCUCGCAGACGGAGCGCACUGUCCGCCGCCUGCAGGCCCGUGCAGCCCGCCGGGGCUACCUCACGAAGAUUUUGCAUGUCUUUCACGAUCUCUUCCCUGGCUUCCUGGUGAAGAUGAGUGGUGACCUACUGGACCUGGCUCUGAGGUUGCCCCACGUCGAGUACGUCGAGGAAGACUCCUCUGUCUUUGCCCAGAGCAUCCCAUGGAACCUGGAGCGGAUGAUCCCUGCGCAGUACAAGGCGGAUGACUACCAGCCCCCCAAUGGCAGCGGCCUGGUGGAGGUAUAUCUCUUAGACACUAGCAUCCAGAGUGGCCACCGGGAAAUUGAGGGCAGGGUCACAGUCACCGAUUUUGAGAAUGUGCCAGAAGAGGACGGGACUCGCUUCCACAGACAGGCGAACAAGUGUGAGAGCCACGGGACUCACCUGGCAGGGGUGGUCAGCGGCCGGGAUGCUGGUGUGGCCAAGGGUGCCAGCCUGCGCAGCCUGCGCGUGCUCAACUGCCAAGGGAGGGGCACAGUCAGCAGCAUCGUCAUAGGCCUGGAGUUUAUUCGGAAGAGCCAGCUGUCGCAGCCCACGGGGCCGCUGGUGUUGCUGCUGCCACUGGUGGGUGGGCACAGCCGGGUCCUCAAUGCUGCCUGCCAGCGCCUGUCCAGGGCCGGGGUGGUGCUGGUCGCUGCUGCCGGCAACUUCCGGGAUGACGCCUGCCGCUACUCACCAGCCUCGGCUCCUGAGGUCAUCACUGUUGGGGCCACCAAUGCCCAGGACCAGCCAGUGACCCUGGGAGUCCUGGGGACCAACUUUGGCCGUUGUGUGGACCUCUUUGCCCCAGGGGACGACAUCAUCGGUGCCUCCAGUGAUUGCAGCACCUGCUUUGCAUCACAGAGUGGGACAUCACAGGCCGCCGCACAUGUGGCUGGUAUCCUGGCCGUGAUGCUGACCGCCGAGCCGGAGCUUACCCUGGCCGAGCUGAGGCAGAGACUGAUCCACUUCUCUGCCAAAGGCCUCAUCAAUGAGGCCUGGUUCCCUGAGGACCAGAGGGUACUGACCCCCAACCUGGUGGCCACACUGCCCCCUAACGCCCAUGACGCAGGUGGGCAGCUGCUGUGCAGGACUGUGUGGUCGGCGCAUUCAGGGCCUACACGGAUGGCCACGGCUGUGGCCCGCUGCGCCACUGACGAGAAGUUGCUGAGCUGCUCCAGUUUCUCCAGGAGUGGGAAGAGGCGGGGCGAGCGCAUUGAGGUCCGAGGGGGCAGACGAGUCUGCCUGGCCCACAAUGCGUUUGGGGGUGAGGGUGUCUACGCCGUUGCCAGGUGCUGCUUGCUGCCCUGGGCCAACUGCAGCAUCCACACAGCACCACCAGCUGGGACUGGGAUGGAGACCCAUUCCCGCUGUCACCAGCAGGGCCACGUCCUCACAGGCUGCAGCUCCCACUGGGAGACGGAGGACCUUGGCACCCACAGGCGGCCGGUGCUGAGGCCACGAGGGCAGCCCGGCCAGUGUGUGGGCCACCAGGAGGCCAGCGUCCAUGCUUCCUGCUGCCAUGCACCCGGUCUGGAGUGCAAAGUCAAGGAGCAUGGAGUCCCAGGCCUUGCAGAGAAGGUGGCUGUGGCCUGUGAGGAGGGCUGGACCCUGACCGGCUGCAGUGUUCUCCCCGGGGCCUCCCUUGUCCUGGGGGCCUAUGCUGUGGACAACACAUGUGUGGUGAGGAGCCAGGACGUCAGUAUAGGAGGCAGAACCAGUGAGGAAGCCACGGCCGCUGUUGCGAUCUGCUGCCGGAGCUGACCCUUGGAGCAGGCCUCCUCGGAGCUCCAAUGCACAGCCCUGUGGUGGGUGGGGAGGUUGAGGGGCUGGGAGCUGCGGUUCCACAUCUGGGCUUUCAAAGGGUUUCGAAUUCACCCCUCCUCAGCCCUCCAUGGCCUAAGUGGGCUCUGGGAGAACUUGCUCUUGCCCUGGGAUCAGCCCCUUCCAGAUCUGAGCAGAGCAUAGCAGGGUUGGAGGUGGCAGGAAGCUCCCUCCAUCACUGCGGGGCCUGUGUUGUGCAUUCCACCAUUACAGUGGGUGAAGUGUGCUAUUUCCUGCCAGCUGCUCCCAAGAUGCCAACAGCCAUGGGCAGGGUUACCUUUACUGAGCUCCUGCUACCUGCCAGCCAUUAAUCCUAUCUCCAUGGAGGGGCAGCAUUUUUCCCAUGGGAAGGGGCUGAAGGGCCAAAAAUACCAGUCAGGGUUGUGAGUGUGAAAGGUAGGGAUGCCCCUCUCCUCCUGCCCACUGAGAGCCCUUUUGCGCUCCCUGAUAAGUAGAGGAUCAGUGUUCUACAUCCGCUGGGGAGACAUGUCCAGUGCAGCAUGGAGGCCAGGCACUCUCACCCUGCUCAGGCAUCACUUCUCCCUCGCUGAGCCCACUUUGAGAGCCUCCUGCCCCAGGGGGUCUGCAUCCAUGGCCCACCCACAUGGCGACACUGCCCCAGAUCUAGCCAAUACUUCAUAAUGUCCAAAGUGCUUCUCCAGCCACGUUCUCACAGGGUUUCCAAGCAGCCCUGGGACAAAGGCAGGGCCUCUUCUACCCACUGGACAGAUAGGAGAAUUGAGGCAGGAACGAGCCCAUUGUCAGCUGCCAGGAGACCUCAGUUCAAGUUCUUGCUUCCUCUGUAUUCAUCACUGCAGUGAUCUCCUCGGCCCUCCCAGCCUGGCUGUUAGGACUUGACUCCUGCCAGAUAGCUUUCCUUGAAAUUCCUAGUGCUCGUGCCUAACCCCUGAACCACCAGCAGUGGCAUCGGAGAUCCAGCCAGAGGCAGGAGAUGUGUCCCAAGUGGUCACAGGACCAUGCCUUUGUUUCUCCCAGCUCCCCCCAUCGUGUUCUCUUCCAGGCCGUUACCUGCCUGGGACUGGCCUGCAAGUGACAGGCACCAUCCAAAGCUUACUUUUCAGUUUGAAGGGGAGGGCCACAUGGUAGAUACACCAUCUCAUCCCCAUUUUAUGGAGGAAGAAAACUGGGAACCAGAAAGGGGGUGUGCCCUCAAGCUCACACAGCCAGGAAGUGAGGGGGCACUAGAAUAAAACCCAGAUCUGGCUGGCUCCAAGGCCCAGCCUCCUACCUGCACCAGCGGGGCCCCAUUUUCAAAGCAAACACUGAGGCUCUGAGGGGAACAGAGACCUGGGGCAGCACAGUGCCAGCAGAGCCCAUGCCUCACCCUACAUCUUCCCAGGCUCCUGGUCCCUGCGGGAUGGUGUUUCCUGUGGUUAGCUUUGCGCAGUUCCCUGGGACCUGGGCAGUCACAGGUCCUGAGGGACUGGGGGAACCAACCCUCCUUGAACACUACCCCCAGGCAGACAAGCAUGCAGUUAUCUUUUUAGUCUGUUUGUGAACAGCGCUUUUUAUAGCAAGAAGCUUUUCUAGAUCUGUUUUGCUUUUGUAACAUGAAGAUAUUUAUUCUGGGUUUUGUAGUGUUUUUAUUAUAUGGUGACUUUUAAAAAUAAAACAACUUUGCAACGGCUCUUGCCUGGAUAUAA